AUGACAGGCGCGCCACUCCUACAGUCCAGAGACGCUGCCGUCCUCGACAAGCCCCGACUGCGCUCCGCCUGCGACUCGUGCCGACAAUCCAAGGUGAAAUGCUCUGGCGGAUCGACCUGCUCUCGGUGUCUGAAACAGGGAGUUCCCUGCAAAUACAGCCUGGCGAGCCGAGCCGGAAAGCCGAAGGGCAGCCGGAACAAGGCGACGCUGAAAAAGCUCGAGGAGCUCCAGGAGAAGAUCCAGCAGAAGAUGCAUUCGUCGAGCAGGAAUGCCAGCGCGAGUGUCAAUGCGAAUGUGAAUGUCAAUGUCAAUGCCGCCAUCAACGAGGCGACUGCGCAGUUUUGGCAGUCUUUCAACAGCAGCAAUACCAGCAGCAGCAAUAGCAAUACCAAUACCAAUGGCAAACCUGCUUCUUCGAUCCCGAUCUCCAGCUAUGUGAACGCCAACUACGACGAUAGCUAUUACUAUCAGGUGAAUCCAAGCUUCGGCUAUGAAGGAUUUGCUCCAAGUUCUGGUUACGAUGUGGAAUGGAGCGCUGCUUCCCAAGGGGAUUAUUAUUUCCAAGCUCCGUCUAUGAUCCAGACUCCCACUCUUGUCUCCAGCAGAGGAUCGGCCUCGGCGUACAGCUCGCCUCUGCCGACUGGGCCGACGGAGGAAUCUUUCCUGCUGGACAGUGCAAGGACUGAUCCGGAGUCCUUCAUCAGAGCGACGGAGCAGCUGCCUCAAUCGUCUCCGCCGCGGUCUGUCUAUGCAUGUUCGCCUGCCCAGGAUAUAGCUAGCUCGUUCAAGUCUUCUGGCUCCUUCACGGAGUCGUCGACCCCUCAAGAGCCGCCAUGCGACUGCUUCCAGAACCAAGCAGCGAGCCUGAGCCAGCUGUACAAUCUCGACCGGGACAACACGGACCUCGCGCCCUGGCGCUUCGACUCGUCCAUCCAAGCCGUCAACUCGGCGCUGUCAUCCUGCCAGAAGUUUCUUCAGUGUCCGCUCUGCAGGAAGGAAUGCACCAAUCUGCUGCUGUCGAUCUCGACGCUGGAUCUUCUCUUCCGGGUGUUGAGGCAGCUGCUCUCGAGAGAUAAGAAUAAUAAUAUCUCCCCCUCCUCGCAGGAACAGCACCAGGACAGCGAGCAUAUGUUUUUGCUAGAGGAUGACGAUAGCUGCAGCAUCCGGUGCGGCCAGUACAGCGUCCCUCACGAGGAGGGAGCGCUCGUGCGCAGCUUUCUCAUCCACAGGAUGCUGAGUCGAUCGAAGGAGGCACUGGCAGCGUUGAGGGAGAUUGUCGAGACGUAUCACGCUGCCAACGGGGACGACGUGUCACAGAGACGACGACAACAACAACAGCCUUGGGAAGACAGCCACGAAGUGAACUAUGAUCUCCUGGACGACGACAAAACCCUGCCGACGAAGGACGUAUCGACACUGCUAUUUUUUCGGACGCAGCAAUAUUAUCAUUCUUACAAUUGCAAUUACAAUUAUUACAAUUGCGGUGGUGGUGGUGGCAUUCAUGAUGAAUCCUCCUCAUCCUCCUCCAGAACGUCUUUUGUUGAACCUACGAUAAACAACAGGCUGAGCCCGUCAGACGUCGUCUUCCUUCGCCAAGUCAUCGGGCGGUGCGAGACGAUGCUGGAGGGUUUGAUGCGGACGUUUACAUUCCGCUAUGCGAGUGCGAAUACGAAUACGUACAGACAUAACUAUAACUAUGCUAAAUGGGGAGAUUCCACUGAGUUUUUCCACUGA